AUGACAAAAAGCAUCAUAGGUUAUUACAAGUGUAGUAGCUCAAAGGGAUGCCCGGCAAGAAAACAAGUGGAGAGAAGUAGAGUGGACCCCACCAUGCUAGUGCUGACGUAUACUUCUCAGCACAACCACACAUCGCCGCCUUCUAGAAAUAACCACCACCGCACGGCGGCGGCGGCGGCUGCCGCCGCCGCCACUUCAGCUUCAGAAGAAGAGUUGGAGGAGGAAGUAGAAGAAAAACCUAUGAAUUUACUUUCAGAGGAUAAAUUAAUUACGAAUAUUAAUUGUGAAGUGCCGCAAUUAAUUAAUUCCGGCGAAUUCGGAUGGUUUAGGGAUUUCGAGUCGACGUUUAAUUACACGGUGAUAGAGAGUCCAGCUUUAAUGGAGGACAGAAUUACUACUGAUAAUGAAUUGGCUAUGAUUUUCACCAUGAGAGAAGAAGACGACGACGACGAGUCUCUUUUCGCCGGUCUUGGUGAGUUGCCGGAGUGUUCAGCGGUGCUCCGUCGUGGGGUGGUGCAAGUAGAGGCGGAGCAACGGCGGUGCAGUUUGCCGACCACCCAUUUGUCUUCUCCCAUAUGA